AUGUUCAAAGCCAUCUUCUCUCCAUCCAACAGCUCCAAGCAGCCAGCAGCGGGGACCAACAAGAUCACGGCGACACCGUCUUCUCCCAAGACUCGCACAAAGAUCCCAUCAUCGUCGCCAAGCAUGCCUUCGAGUCCUUCUCUGCCGUCACGCGGCUCGAGCUCAGCCAUGGCAGCCUGGACAGUGCCUCCUUUCCCGCAUCCCUUGCCCGAACGUCGCAUCGGCAUCCUACCUACGGACCAGGGUCUUCUAGUGUAUCCACGAAGCUCGUUAGACGCACAUCACCAACACGCGCGAUCACCACAUCAUACAAAAGCGAGCACAAUAGUGCCAACCAGCACGGCUGGCGCUCGUGCACUGGGCUCCGGGGACGGAUUCAAGGUCGCAACCAUCGGGACGUCCAAAGCAGCUGCUGCCGGGGCUCCACCUUCCAUCACCUCGCUCGACGUCGGCUUCCUGAUCGACUGGAGCAAAGACGCCAAGAUCACACCUCUGCCACCGUCUGAUUGGAAGCCGCUGGUCGACAGUUCGACAGCCGAAUCUGCAUCAAUGGAAUGCUCUGGUAUCGUUGGACUUUCGCGCUUCUUCAACAGCGGCUAUCUUUUCGUCAUCACCAGCUCCAAGCUGAUUGGACACUACUUCCACGACACACGGCCCAUCUACUGCUGCACGGGUGUGCUUGCAAUUCCGCUGCUGAAAGACGAGGCGACGCAAGCGAUUCGCUCGCAAGCUGCGAAGGGCAGCGGUGCGGCUCCUGAGGCACAUCCAGCGGCAUCCUCAACAGAUCAAAGUGAUUCCUCCGAGAGCGACUCAGAUAGUGACGAGUCAGACUACGACGACGUACAGACGCCAGCUGCGAUUCCCAGAGAACCGUUCUUCUCGUCCAUCUCGCGACAUGCCGACACGCUCCGCAUGCCCAAAUCGAGGCCUUGGCUCACCCGCGCUGCUCGUUCUGUCUCCGCUGGUCGAAUCGACACCGUCUCUGAAGAUGCAGCCACGCAGUCUCAGCUCGCGGACGCUGCACAACCCGCCAAUGACGUCGUUGAAGUGCCACAGCCUGGCUCGCCUGAGGAACCCUUUGGAGCCGCGCCUGCAACGGCCGAUCAGCAGUGGCACGCAGCCAAGCAAGCCGAGCUGGAAGAAAAAGCAGUGCGUGAGACAGCAAAGUACUGGGCGCGAGGCGAGUUCUGGUUCAGCUACGACUUUGAUCUCACCACGUCGCUGCAGAACAAGCGGCGUGCGCUCGAGGGCAAUCCGAAGCCCAACGCGAACGUCAGCCCGCAGCUAGCUUCGCAGCAGUUGCAUCAGGCCCGAAGUUCCACGACGAGCACUCAGGAUGCGCAACGGACACCCGCCUUUCCCCUGCUUGCCGAGCCGUAUCCCGGCCUGCCACUGUGGAGGCGAGCCGAUCGGCGGUUCUGGCACAACGAGCACAUGUCCAAGGACCUCAUUCACGCUGGACUGCACGCCUACAUCCUUCCUGUGAUGCAAGGCUACCUGCAGACGGUCAGUUUGCCCAUCCAGCCGAUUGCUGACGCUAACGAGAAGGCGGAUGCAGUGCUGCGCUGUCAGCUGAUGGUCAUCUCGCGUCGGUCCAAGGAGCGUGCUGGGCUGCGGUACCAGCGUCGUGGAAUCAACGAGUCUGGCCAAGUCGCCAACUUUGUCGAGACCGAGCAAAUCCUCUACGUUCUUCGUGGGCCGCCGUCCUCCGCAUCUGCGGCCGAUCUGAUCGGCGACGUGCUGUCGUUCGUCCAGAUUCGCGGAAGCAUCCCGCUGUACUGGUCGCAAAGUCCGUUCUCGCUCAAGCCGCCGCCGGUGCUCGAGCGGACCGAGGUGGAAAACACUGCAGCAUGUCGUAAGCAUUUUGCAGUUCAAGUAGAAAGAUACGGCGAUAUCACGUGCAUCAACCUCGCCGAGCAGGGUGGCAAGGAAGGGCAGAUCUCCAAGGCCUACCGUGAGGCUGCAGAGAACCUUCGUGGAGAAGCAUCGCAGGAUGGGUGGGACAGGGGCAAGCUGCAUUAUGUCGACUUUGACUUUCACAAGGAGUGUUCAGGGAUGCGGUUCGAGAACGUCGCCAAGCUCAUUGGGUCGAUGGAGGAGACGCUCGGCGAGAUGGGUUACUACCAUCAUCGAACAGCGGGCGAGAGGAAGGUGGACGUGGUGCGUAGGCAGACGGGCGUCUUCAGGGUGUCAUGUCUGGACUGCUUGGAUCGGACCAACGUCGUGCAAUCGGCGUUUGCGAGACACGUGCUGACGGGUCAGUUGGCAAAGCUGGGAAUCAUGGUCGGGUCUGCCAGCACCUAG